GUAUGACUAGUGUUUCACAAAUUCAAUAGACAAAAUGUUUGUAAUUCAAAUCGUCCAACUCGCGUAAGCUAUUCAAAACAAACUAUUUCUUGUGGUUAUGUGCGUGCAUCUUUUGCAGUUUGCCGCCGUUUUUCCUUGUAGAAAACAUCGAUCAACAUGGAUGACGAAAGCCAAUGAUCACGUGCAUUGGACGAGCCAAUGAGCGCGUUCAUCUUGGCCGAUGAACAGUUCGGGCAUUCGGGCAAUAGCGGAACGCUGACAACGUCGCGUCAUUGCACUUUACCCGCGCUCACCCGCGCUUCACACCGCACUCCGCGGCGCAUGUCUGGAACUAUAGUCGGGCUUGUUACGCUCGGUGUUACUGCUGCAGUCUUUUGUGAAGUGUGGUAUAGGUACGUUUAUUUCUCUAGUACGAUUUAAGGAGUCGGUCAGAUUUGUGAACAAAGGUGAUCUUGUGAAGUUCGUCAGAUCUACUUGAGUAUCAGAACUCGCUCAGUUCGAGAGCAGAAGUUUACGUGGAUUGUUAAACAGCAUUGUAGAAUACUUAUCUGCAACAGGGAUAUUUUCAAGAUAUAUAAGAAGAAGAAUAACAAAAUAUUUCUUUUUUGUUAUGAACUUCGAAGAACAAGAUAAACAUUACAACUGCAAAGAUACAUGUGAUAAGCUAUAGUGCCAUAAUUUAGAUUAGUAAAUUUGAUCGUGAAGAUGGGGUUGCCACGUGAGGAAAUGAUUUUGAAUGAUAUAAAAGGACAAAUAAUCGAGGAUGUAGAUAUAGACAACAAUAUAGUACAGCAGCUCAAAAAACAAUCAAUAUUAGAUGAAAAUGACAUAAAACAUAUAUAUACUGGUUCCACUAAAUCGGAUAGAGCUGAACUUUUGAUAGAAUUAGUGAAAAAACGUGGCCUCACUGCUUUCAAUGUUUUUCAUCACGCUUUGGAGUAUCACUAUCCAUGGCUUAGCGAGGAAAUAAAUUAUCGAUUAAAAGAGGUAUCAUUGGCCAAUGAAAUUGAUCACGAAGUAAAUGAAGAAGUAGAUUUUUAUGGAGGUCCUUCUCUUUCAUCUUUAACAGUUACGAGAAAAGAGAAGACUAAUCAGUUGAAGGAAGCUUUGCAGCAAUUGAAUCCUUCCGAAUAUGUUGUGCUACAUGCUAUGAAAGGGUUUGGAAAAUCAUGUUUGGUGGCCAAUAUUCUUAAGGAUACAAAAUUAGUAAACACCUUAUUUUCUAACAAAGUCUACUGGAUUCACUUUGCGUGCGAUAGGCACAUCGAUGAGGAGAUAGUGAUUCAAUUAAAUAAACUGUAUCGUAACGUGAGAAAUGUAGAAAUUGUACCGGAAUCACUGACUCCUUUGGAGAAAGAUUCUUUGAUCCCGUUUUUCAAAUAUCAUUUCAAUAAAAAGGAUAAUCGUAAUGCUUUGCUAAUUUUAGAUGACGUCAUUGAUAAAAAAAUCAUAACAACUUUUGACUUUGAAUGUAAGACGAUAGUUCUUACUGCUGAUAUCAAAGUUUUAGAAGGAAAAAGACGUAAUAGUACGAUAAUAGGGUUGAAUGGUGGAUUUACUGAAAGCGAAACGUUAGGUUUAUUUGCUCAAGCAUUAAAUGUAGAGAUACAUGAACUGCCAAAAGAAGCAAAGAAAAUACAUGAGGAGUGUAAAGGUAUGCCACUGCUCAUAGACAUGUUUGCUUCUCAGUUUGAGGAAUUCAAGUGUGAUAUGAGACAUAACUCUAAUAGAUGGAAAUAUUAUCUGGAAUCUUUGAGGAAGAAAGAUGACACAAACAUAGUAAUGAAAGAAUUUUUGGAGAAACAAAGUACAGUUUUUGAUCUGUGUAUAGAACAAUUAAAACCAGAUUUAAAAACUUAUUACAAGAGCUUAGCUGUGUUUAGUGAGGAUGUUAAUAUAACUCCAAUGACCUUGGAAAUUCUGUGGAACGAAAAGAGAGGUAAAGUUGAAGAUCUGAUGCUAGAAUUGUGCCACAAAUCACUUGUAGUUAGAAAAUGGAAUAACAAUUUAAGAAUAUACAUUUACGGUGUACAUGAUUUAUUGCUAUAUCAUUUAAGAAAAGUACUAACGCAAGACGAUUUGAUGAAAAUGCAUAAAGAUCUCAUUGAAAAAUAUUGCAAUCAUUGCAAGAACGAUUUUUCAAAAUUGCCAGAUGAUAAUUACAUUUUCGCAUAUAUUGGAUAUCAUCUGGAGCAAGCAAAGCUGUAUGACAAAUUUCAGAUUUAUUUCGACUUUGACUUCAUACAAGCUAAAAUAAUGCAUUCAGGCUUAAAUGAUUUAUUGUUGGAUCUGAAAAAAUACAGAAAGUAUAUCACUUGUAACAAAAGUGAAUGCGAAGCAAACGUGGUAGAUAUUGAGAAAUUUUUACAAGAGCAAGCAAGUAUCAUAGUAGAGCAUAGACGUAAAAAGUGCUUGGAUAUAAUUCAAGUCGCAAUGAACCAUCCAUAUCCAGGCUACGUUGCGGAUACUGCAAAAAGGCUUGCUUUAACUAGACAAAACCAUUUGUAUUUAUCUCAUAAUAAAAAUCUAGAGCACUUUAACAUGCCAGUAACCGAAGAAAUAUUAAAUAUUUGCACAUCAGCAUUUACCAAUAACCCUACUGUACUGUUAACUGGAAAUACAGUAGGAAAAAUAAUUUUGUGGAAUUGUGUAACCAAACGAGAAAAAGUCUUCAAUGGUUUCAAUGAGAAUUGUUCUAUUAAAAAAAUCCUCGUAUCUGCGGAUGGUGAUUGCUUCUUGGCAUUGAGCAAUACAGGUGAAAUAAAGCUGUUUUUUUUAACAAAUGAUGAAACGAGUGAUUCCGAAAGUUAUACGCCAAUUGGUAGUCCACAACAGAAACAAUCUUGCUGGUCUGGUUUCUUUGGUAGGACCAAUGAUCUAGAUGACAGCUUAAAAACAUUUAAAGUUGAAGACGAAAUUAUUUUGGAUAUGGCAUUUGGAUACAAAGAUAGAUAUAUCGCUGCGUGUACUAAUAAGGCAACGGUUCAAAUAUGGGAUCUAAACGGCGUUUCUGUGUUUCACAAACACAAUGUUAUAUUGAAUAUUUCUGAGGAAAAUGAACUCGUAACAAAGAUAACAUUUGCAGCAGAUGCUAAAUUAUUGGGAAUUAUGGACGAAUCCACAGGCGCUUUUGUUUUGUACAGAGCACAAAACAAAAGAGGUACUACAGUACAGGCCGACUACAGUAGCUAUGAAUAUCUCGCCUGUUAUAAUUUACAAUUACCUGUAGACAAAAAGACCGAAAAAGUAAAAGAAAAAGUAAUAUUUUUUCAUAAUAUACCAAGGAGAAACGACUCGUUAAUGAUCGUUACCGAAAAGAAAGCUUUAUAUGUGAAAUGGUGGUGGGACAGGGACCAGACACAUGUACACAGUUUUAACAAACAAUUACGAGCAACUAUCGAAGACGACGACGCAUUGACUUACGUUUGCGCAGCUAUAACUUAUGACGGCGAGUAUAUAGUAUUGGCUGAUUCUGCAGGUUUUAUAUACGUAAGAAAUGUUUUUACCGGACAUCAACCGAUCGCGUGCUAUAAAAGUCGCGUUAUAUCGUUGGACACCUAUGCGUUUCGAGAGGAAGGUCACAUCAUAUGCGGAAAUGGGAAUAGAUCACUUUAUAGAUGGGCGUUGCCAAUACAAGAUAAAUUGCUAAGGAAGUUUUUAUCAGAUGUAAUUAUUAAGCCUCGUGAUCAGCACGAUAUCGUUGCCCAAGAGAUUGAUUCAAAGAUUAUCAUUUUACAAAACAAUAAAGUGAUAGCAGAAACUGUGUCAGAGAAACAUGUAGUAGGAUUACAAUUUUCUCCUGAUGGAAACAAAAUAGUAUAUGUUACAGAAGAUCAUAAUCUUCUCUUGUAUAAUAUACAAACCGGAAAAACCGAUAGUAUUGUACAGCUGGACGAACCAGUCAAGUAUCUGAAAAUGAUAAACGUUCAAGAUUACAGUAUAAUAGCAUGUGGAAAUGUGGACAGUCUUAAGGCGCAACAUCAUAUUAAAUUGCUCAUAUUGCAAACAAAUACCGAAGAAGGAUGUGCCUCACAAAUUCAUAAAGUAGGUGAUAACUUUGUGCUGACAAUAACAGAAAGUGGUCACGUAUUUAUCUGGUUUAUCCGGUAUAUCGAAGACGAUCCAAAGCCGACAUUGGACUUACUUAAACCUAGGUCGUUGUUUGACUCGGCUAUAAAUGUAACAUUUAGCUGUUUAAGCCACAAUGAGACUUAUCUGGCUAUUUUGUUUAAUGAAAAAACUGCGACUGAAAGAACACACUUAACUUUAUUCAAGCUUGAUGUAUUAUCAAAGAAGUCGGAAUUUAUAAUUGAGAAAUUUGAGCAUUCUGACUUCAUUUUCCAACAAAAACUGACUUGCUGUGAUAUCUCACAUAAUGAUCAAUAUGUCGCAGUUGGAUUUGAAACGGGAGAAAUUGCUAUUAUCGAUAUAACGAAGGGAACAGAGAUCACUCAUUUAUCAUUUCAUAAUAAUUCCAUUGCACAGUUAUCCUGGGCACCAACCACUGUUGAUGCUUCAAUUUUAGUUUCGGUUACUAACGAUGAGUUAAUUUGGUGGAACGUGGAUCUAGCUUCAAAACCCACAACGAAGCAAAGUAGAAUGGGCAUUGGCCAUAGUAUGAGCACACCUUCGUUAAGUUCGAAUAUGUUUCAAAAUUUGAGGUUAUCUACCAGUCAAAGCGUAGAUACCGGUGUUUCGAAUUUGCAACAACCAAGAGUAAUCGAUGUAAACAGCACAAAUAGCUACUGGAGAAACAAAGUUAGUAAAAAUCAUGAGGAAACACCAGCGUUACUGGCGUUGGUUGAAUUGCCAGCGAACCAAGAUAUAAAGGUCCAUAUAUCGUCCGAUUUUACUAAAUUUGUAGCAGUCGAUAUGUACGGAUCUAUUAGUACGUUCACUUUGAUCAAUUACGAAGCAACUGAGUAAUUAUAGAUUGAUUACAGUCGUAUAUUUUGCAUACAGUAUUGCACUAUUCAAAAUGUGUCAUUUUUUGAGAGUGACAAAUGACAGUAUUACUGCAACAAAAUGUGUUAAUGCAGAAUACGACUUGAGUGCAUACUAAAAUAUUAUAGAAUAAUGUGAACUUAAUACGAAUAUAUGGAUGACGACAAGACACACACACACACACACACACAAAAAGGAUUAUUCUUUUGAUGAAACAACAUGUUUCAUUUCAUAUGUAUGAUUACAUAGAUUAAGUUUGUACUGGUAUCAAGUUAGAGCAUUAGAGCCAGUCUACAAUGAAAGUAGUAAGGUUGUAGGAGUAGAGAAUAAACUAGUUUUCGGUGAAGUAACAACGGGAAUAACAAAAUGGACAAUUCCCAUCUCAAACUGCUUACUGCCUUACUGUCAGCCAAUGAAAGAACACAUGUUAAAAAACGCGAAAUAAUUACUUGUAUAGACAAAAAUGAAAUAACUUCGAGAACCUUACUUCUUACUCUAUACUACCUACUUCCAUUGUAGACGGUCCUUUAGCAGAAUAUCUUAUUUGUUUUUCUCAAGACAAUGUCCUACGUCCUAAGUAAAAUAUUACUUUUAUAUAUUUAUAUACAAUGUUUAUUUCUUACAUUGACGUUUCAAACUUGAGAAAAUAUUGUGCGUUAUUUAUAAUAAGUAAUACUGUCUUGUAUCUUAAUUGUCUUGAGAUUACAACAUACAACACGAGGCACAACUUCUUUUUGUACACUUCUCACUUCAAUAUAAAGACAAGACGGUUACUGCCACUUGCAUUUAUCGAAACAUCAUGAUCAGGUGUUAUAUACAUUGUUGCAAUAUAUUGCAACAGAACAAUUCUCAGUGAUAUAUAUGUGUAGUUUUGUGCCAUUUAUAACUUUUUUCUACAUAUUCUUCUUCAUAUGCAUUUAUAAUAUUGUCAAUUGCAUUUUAUAGGUUUCUAUGUUUUUCCCAGUUUUGUGACUAACUUUUUAUAUCUUUUAUAUUACGUAUUUUAUAUUACUAAAUAAUAUUUCACAAAAACUAUUUUUUAUCUAUCGAUUAAAUAUAAUUAUGUUAAUACACACACAUAGUUUAGAGUUAGAACAAUUUUUCAUAUACACGUUAGAUCAUAUUUUACUUUAUUUUACUUUAUUUUUUUCAUGAUUCUUUUUUAUUUCUUUUAUGAUUUCUGAAAAAUAGUAUAUAUUUAAUAGUAUAUAUUGUAAUAAGAAUUAUUGUUGGUAAAAUCUUAAUAAUCUUCGCAUAAUAAUAGUACACAAAUGUAUUGAAUUAAGCACAGAAGUGUUAUCAAAAGUAUGACAGUGUGCAAUAAUAUAAUAAAACAACGGUUUAAUUUUUAUCUCGUACAAAUUGAUAAAAAUAAUAUAUUGAUUGCGUAUUUUCAUGUAUAACUUGAAUAUUAUAUAAAUAUAAUAUGCAAAUAUGUAUGUAUGUACAUGUGUAAAAAAGUAUUUUAUAUAUAAACAAAUUCUACAUUAAUAAUUAUGUAUGACUAAAUCAUAUAUGAAAUUAUACUAGAUGUAGAAUUUGUACACAUAUAAAGGGCUUUUUUUCUCGGAUAUACAUUUUUAUAUAUCCGAGUAUAUAUACAUAUACCGUAUAUAUACAUAUAUGCAAAAAUAUUGUUUUUUUUUCUUAGGCAUACCCACAUAGCAUGGUUAGUAGCACAAACGUUUCCGUAACGUUUUACGGAAACCAUGUUAUGUGGGUAAAUAUAUAAGAUUAUUAAGACUUUCUUAACAUAAUUAUAAUUGUUUAAUAUAAUAUUACAAAAAUUUACAUAAUUUUUCUUUUAUUAAAAGAGCAUAUUUUACUGCUAUUUUUUUUUUAUUUAAGAAAUUUUCGAAAAUUCAAGCUCACUCUGGAUUGUAACGCUAAUGAUAAUAAUCAAUCGUGUGCACGCAAGUUUUACACACAUAAUAGACGAGAAAUUUACGCUAUAAAUGAUUUCUCUUACGUACCAAUCUUUCCGUACUUUCUCUUACGUACCGAAUCUUUUGCUAAAAUGUUUUUAAAGAUUAGUUUAAAUAGGAAUUUUAAUAUUGCUCUUUUAAUAUCAGUGAUAUAUUAAUGAAAGUAAGACUGACAUGAAAAACACAUGGCAAACAUGUAUUCUUGUGCAAAUAGACAUGUAUGCAAUAAGUUGUAUACAUUGCUAAGUAAGGUGAUAUACAUAACUUACAAAAUAGCUUUUGUACAGAUUAAAACAACGAUAUAAAGUACAUAUGAUUUUUAAGUACAUACGAUUCUUAGUAUGUGCCUUAUAAAUGUGUAAGUGCGCGAUAUUUAACCAUAAAACACACCCGAGUCUGUGGUACUCUGUAGAUUUUUAUUCGCGUUUACUUCUAAAGCGUACAGUUUCGACAUAAAUUGUGAAGCGAAUACGAAAUCAUAUUGUUGUGGUCUUGUUCUUAACUCGCAUAUUUUGAUUUCAUGUGUGUGUUUUGAGUGAAAAUGAUUCGACAACAGACGGAACUGUGCGACUUUGAAGUUGCGUGUGUUUUCAAAAACUUCCUAGAUGUGUGUUCUAGGGUUAAAAUUGCAUAAUAAUACAAAAUUAACAUAAAUCAUAAAUAAGAUUCACAUAUAUAUUAUUACUUUAUGAGGAUGUGAUAACGUAUCGUUAAGUGACAUUUUUAGAACGAAGCUGUAUUGUGAUUCAGAUUGUUCUCCACUGUACUAUAUAAUUAACUGUAUUUAUUUGAAUGCUCAAAGAGGUGGGAGUCAGAAAAUGUUGAUCAAACUCAUCAUUACGUAUACAUAUUUUUAUCGUUAUCUAUAAGAAGCGUCAACUCUUUUAUAGAAUUCUUAUAAAAGAUCUUUCACCUCUCUUUUUACCAGUUCUUUUGUAUCUCAAAAUUUCCACUCUUUCAACUUUCUGUUAACAGUGUUAUCUUAAAGUAAUUAGUUCUCAAACUGUGCUCUCGUCAAACAAUUAUGUUAACAGAAGGUUUGAAUGUUUCACGAUAUGAUUGCAUAUUACUGUGUUGAGCAUAUAAAUUCAGAAGAACAUCAUUUUAGUAAUUAGGAAAAUAAUACUUUUAUAAUUAAAAACUAUUGUGAUUUGUUAAUAUAGUCAUUGAUGAUGAAAUGAUCGUGAAAGGUUUUAUGAUGAUGGCAACAAUCGGUGUUCGAUGUCACUUUUGGUACCUUAUAUUUACCAGUUUUAUAUUUUAAAUAUUAUUUUACGAACAAACUGUUGUGAAAGACGAUGUGUUAAUAAAAAUUGUAAAAUUGUGUACACACAUCAUGACGCGUACGGCUAAAUUUAUUUUUUGUUUUUUAUAUGGAUGUUUUUAUAUAGAUGCAUGCAACGUAAAUUUAAAUUAUUUCAAUUUUUCUCAUCGUCCGCUGCACUAUAAAAAAAGUGUAUAAAUUUACAUAAAUUUUACGCGUGAUUUUUGGAAUUAUUCAAUACAACGUUGAUAUACAAACACGUACAGCAUUUACUGUUUUAUUAAUAGCAAAACAUGAUUGUCGUAUAAGAAAUAACUUGGCAGACAUCCGAGUAUCCGAUUUAAAACUCUCGGCCAAUGUCAGCGGGCACUUCCGCAAGGUCGUGUUCGUUUGAGCAGCGUAUCAGAGAGAUUUUAAACACAUUUCACAUACAACCGAAAUUCGUAUUCAUUAAAAAAAAUAAUAAUAAAAUGCACGUUUUUUUAGAUGUGUGUACACACUUUUCUUUGUAAAUUUUUAUACUUUAUAAAUAUUUGAUAUGUAUCUAUAUCCGUAUAUUACCCAUUCAUUUUGUAACAUGCAAUACAUGUUUAAUCGAUACAAAUUUAUAUACGUUUCUUAUCGCAUAAUAUACAAAAAUUUAUAUAUUUUAGAACUUAC